AGAAAAGAUUUGAAACCUCUGCCCACUUACAGUACAAAAAAUGGGUUGGUUAUGGCAGUUUCUAUACCUGGGGUUGUUAAUCCAUUUCCAGGCACCCCGGUGCACAUCGUCGUCGUCUUCGUCCUCAUCAUCAUCUUCUACUUCGUCAAUCUCCGAUCUCUUCGAGGACUGGUGCCGGCAACACGGCGGUAAAACAUACUCCUCCGAUCAAGAGAGGAGGCGCCGGCUGAAGGUGUUCGAGGACAACUACGCCUACGUCUCGCGGCACAAUGGCGCCGGUAAUUCCAGCUACACCCUCGCCCUCAACGCCUUCGCAGAUCUCACUCACCACGAGUUCAAAGCCGCUUACUUGGGCCUCUCGGCCUCCGGGAACGAUGGGCUGAUCAGAUUGAACCGUGGUGGGCCGGUCUUGGAUUCUUGGCCCAGUUCCGGAGAUUAUCCUGUUCCAGCUUCGUUGGAUUGGAGGGACAAAGGAGCUGUCACUCAGGUUAAAGAUCAAGGCAGUUGUGGGGCAUGUUGGUCAUUCUCAGCCACAGGUGCAAUAGAGGGUAUAAACCAGAUUGUGACUGGUUCUCUGGUCAGCCUAUCCGAACAAGAGCUUAUUGACUGCGACAAAUCUUACAACAGUGGUUGUGAUGGUGGACUUAUGGAUUAUGCAUACAAGUUUGUCUUAAAAAACAAUGGCAUUGACACUGAAGAGGAUUACCCCUAUCAAGGAACACAAAACACUUGCAACCAAGCUAAGUUGAAAAGACCUAUUGUUAGCAUUGAUGGAUAUAAAGAUGUGCCCUCCAAUAAUGAGAAGCAGCUACUAAAAGCAGUGGCCUCUCAGCCUGUGAGUGUUGGUAUUUGUGGGAGUGAGAGAGCUUUUCAGCUUUAUUCAAAGGGCAUAUUCGAUGGGCCAUGCUCGACGAAUUUAGACCAUGCAGUAUUGAUUGUGGGGUACGGUUCAGAGAAUGGCGACGAUUAUUGGAUCAUAAAGAAUUCUUGGGGGACGAGUUGGGGGAUGAAGGGUUACAUGCACAUGCAGCGUAACACGGGCAGCCCAGAAGGGAUGUGUGGGGUCAACAUGCUCGCGUCUUAUCCCACCAAGACAACCCCUAACCCGCCCGGCCCUCCUCCAGGCCCCACCAGGUGCAGCGUCUUCGCUUACUGUGGCAGCGGCGAGACCUGUUGCUGUUUUUGGAAGGUGUUCGGGAUUUGCCUUUCGUGGAAGUGCUGUGGCGCAUCAGCCGAAUCUGCUUCUUCUGCAGUUUGCUGCAAAGAUGGCAAGCACUGUUGCCCUGGGGAUUACCCUAUAUGUGAUACAACUAACAACCUCUAUCUCAAGAAAAAUGGAAAUGGGACACUUGUAGCACUGCAAGAUGAGAAGGAUGGAUCUUACUACCCAAGUUAAUAGAGAAAUGUGUGUACCAGCUUAUUGAAGUUAUCAAGUUUUGUAGCAAUUAUUUGUCUGUAAGAAAAGUAUGAAGCACAUGAUGAUGGCAUAAGAGCAGCUCUCUUAGUCCAAGAUGGAGGAAGAGGAGGGGGCUUGAAAUUUACUCAUAUACUGUAUACUAUAUUAAACGAUCUACAAAACU